AUGAUGGCAUUACCGUUUUCUAUCGCUUCUCUCCCCGUCGACGUCGUCGUCGUCGUCGUCGUCGUCGUCGUCGAAUCGCGCGUCGCGGCAGAUGUUCCGUUGUCUUCGGCUAGCAGAGACUGCAGUCAAAAAUAUAUCCCUGGCUGGAUACACCAGCUAAAUGAGCAGUGGUUCGGCGGCGGACAUCAAGGGAAACAUGCCUAG